GCAUGCGUCAAUUUUCCUUUAGUCAUUGCCUGAGAAAAACGACGUCAACUACAUCCAAAAAUUUCAUUCUUUUUUGGGCUUUUUUAAACAAAAUAUCCAAAUAAAAUGGUAUUAGAAUCAACUGUAGUGUGCGUGGAUAACAGCGAGUGGACAAGGAAUGGCGACUUUUUGCCGACUAGAAUUCAAGCUCAGCAGGAUGCUGUUAGUCUUAUAUGUCACUCAAAGACUAGACAAAACCCUGAAAAUAAUAUAGGACUAAUGACACUUGCCAGCCUGGAAGUACUGGUAACAUUAACAUCAGAUGUCGGCAAAGUACUUACAUCCUUACACAAGGUUCAACCUAAAGGAGAUGUGCAUUUUCUAACGGGAGUUAAAAAAGCUCAUUUGGUACUAAAGCACAGACAAGGAAAGAACCACAAAAUGAGGAUUGUUGUUUUCGUUGGCAGUCCAAUUGAAUCAGAAGAAAAAGAAAUUGUUAAGUUAGCGAAAAAACUGAAAAAAGAAAAAGUUAAUGUUGACAUUAUAAAUUUUGGAGAAGAGGAAGCCAAUACAGAAAGGCUAACUGCUUUCAUUAAUGUUCUUAAUGGUAAAGAUGGAAACUUGAGUCGCCUUGUGUCUAUACCUCCUGGUCCUUCUCUUUCUGAUGCUCUCAUUUCAUCUCCUGUCGUUGUUGGGGAAGAUGGUGCCGGGGCCAUGGAUAUUGGUUCUGGAUUUGAAUUUGGAGUCGAUCCUAAUGCUGAUCCUGAAUUAGCUCUGGCUCUUCGCGUCUCCAUGGAAGAACAAAGACAGCGACAAGAAGAUGAAGCACGGCGAACAGCAGGUGCCAGUCAAGAAACUGCUGAAGCACCUGGUCAGGUUGCCGACAAGGAAGAAGCCAUGUUACAGCAGGCAAUGUCUAUGUCAGGUACCCCAGAGACAGUAACAGACACCCCUACACCCAAUGUUAAUUUUUCCACAAUGUCCGAAGAGGAACAAAUAGAAUAUGCUAUGCAGCUGUCCUUGCAGAACGUGCAGGAAGGUGAUGAGGAGUCUACUACUGAUUCACGUCCAGAUACUGGGAACAGGAGUGAGUCGCAACAGUCUGGGGCAGUUGCUAUGGAAACUGAAACUCAGGGUGAUGAUAGCAAUCAAGAUUUCUCACAAGUAAUGGCCGACCCAGAUUUUCUCCAGCGUGUGCUAAGUACGCUCCCUGGGGUAGAUCCUAGCAGUGCCACAAUACAGAAUGUGAUGGGUACCCUUACUCAUUCUGACAAACCACAGGAUGAAAACAUGGAGGAGUCUAAAGUGGACAAGAAAUCUGACAAAAAAUAAAGUAGCUUUCAAUUCUGUAAAUACUUUCCUAGGCAGAUCUGGGGGAGGGAGGGGGAGGGGAGGAGGGGGGUUGGGUGACUAGUCAUUCCCCCUUUUGAGUUGAAAAACCUAAAAAGGACACUAUAUGCGACGCCUUUCUAGGUAACAGCCACCCCCUUGAAAUUGGUCUGUAUCUGCCAUUGCUAUGCUUGUUAAUAGACCAUUUCACAGAUCCCGCGGCUCAACCUCAGCCUCGUCAGCGUGUAAUAUAUCCUUUAGAAAUUGCCUACAACCUGUGAAAUUUUUAAGUGUUUCAAUUGUUCGUUGAUGUGUAAAUUCCUUUCAUUACUGCGGRCUGUAGUCAAAUUCUAAAGAAUAAUUACACGCUGACGAGGCUGAGGUUGAGUAACGGGAUCCGUGAAAUGGCCUAUUUCUUUGGUGCAACUGUUAUUUUGUGAUUAAGAUACAUGCUAGAAAUAUUGAACAGCUUGGAAGUACUAUAUUUAACUAUAAUGAUAUCAUUAGUGCUACUAAAGAAUGCUUUAAUUGUCAUGAGUAUUGAAAUUGUUGUCUACUUGUGUGCUACAGACGGUAGACUUUCCAGUAAGCAUGGUUUGUCUUGUAAUAAAAAAGUGCAUUGAAGAUA